AUGGAUGAUCAAGUGGUUCUCAGCAUAGGUCAUCCUGAUCUGAGUGAGGUUGGAUCACAGAAAACAAAGAAUUCCAGCAAGGCAGAUAGAGAGUCGAGAAAAAGGGCACACAAAUUGGAAGAGGAUGAUACAGUGCCUUCUAAACAAAAGUUAUCGAAACCAAGGAGAUUGACAAACGUGGAUGUUUCUGACUUUUUAGUCAAACAUGGUAUAAAGAGAGACACAGAAUUAUUUGCCGCUGCCAAAGAAAGAAAAGAUGAGGGUCAGAUAGAUCUGGCCAAUUUUAUUCUAUCAAAGUCAUCAAAGGUUCUGAAUGAACUAAUUGAUAAAACAUGGAAAAUGCAAACAGCUAACGAUAAUCUUCAAUGGGAAAAGAAAUCAAGAAGGGAUAUUCUCUGUGAAAAAUAAUUAAGAGUAAUGAUUGUUCUCCAGGUUGUGACCGACUCUGGUUGAGAUGUGCCAUUGAGGUUCUAAGAAACAACAAAUUACAUCCCUUUGUUUAUGCAGCUGCAAUGUGCGAUCUUCUGAGGAACGGACGGGGAAAAUUCACAAACCUAAUGAUUAUCGGUCCGGCAAAUUGUGGGAAAACCUUCAUGUUCAAACCCUUAGCAUCCAUUUAUGUUUUUCAAAGCCUGUCAAUGACAAAUAUGCAUGGGUUGGUGCUGAUUAUGCUGAAGCCAUUGUUUUGCAAGAUUUUCGGUGGAGUCGUGAAAUGAUACCCUGGAAUGAUUUGCUACUUUUGUUGGAAAGAGAAACUGUGAAGUUGCUGGCACCAAAGAACCAGUUUUCGUCUGAUGUCAUUAUAGAGAAAGAUACGCCAAUUUUUGCAACAAGCGAAUCCCAAAUUGCCUACAUGGGUAAGUUCAACUCUUCAGAUGAGCGGAAGACCGAAAUUAUGGCCAUCAGAUGGAAAGUGAUUGAAUUCAACCACCAGAUUCCAGAAAGUGAACAAAAGCAAGUCUCUCCAUGCGCAUGAUGCUUUGCUGAAUUAGCAUUAUUGGUAGAUGAUAUUUGACUAUAUUCUACAAUAAAACUAAAUUUCUAACAGCUUAUUACCACAAGACAAGUAUGCUAGCAAUGAUUUACCACGCAUUACCACACAUGUUACCAUAAAUCUCAUAUAGUUAUUAUAUCAACUUAACAAGUGGUAACGUGUUACCAUCCUUUUCAAGACAUAUUACUAUAUGUUUUCCAUAGAAAGUUCAUGGUAACUCGUGGUUAUAUUGAUUGCAAGUGAAGGGUGAAUUGUUAUGAUUAUUCAAAUUUAAUUCAAGUUCCAUUGACAGCACCCACUAUUGUUUAUAACAAUAAAGGACAGUUUCUGAAAUGUUGUUUGCUGAAUAUCCAGUCACUAAGAAACAAAGGCGCUGAAUUUGCUGAUUAUAUUUACGAAUCUGAGGUUAAUAUUGCAGUUCUUACUGAAACAUGACUGAAGUCUGUUGACAUGGCAGCUAGGAUUGAUGCUACACCUACUGGUUAUUCUCUUUUGAACUCCCACGCCCUAACAGAAUCGGUGGAGGGACGGCUAUUUUAGUGUGUGAUACACUUCAGGUAAAAAAGUGGAUGACUGGUAUUAUGAAUUUGUUUGAAUACUCUGAUUGGACUAUUGUCUCUGGCUUUAUUUAGGAUACGGCUGGUUCUAAUUUAUAGGCCCCCGUAUUCAGCUAAACAUCCUGUAACCACAAGCACCGGAAUUUGUGGAGUUUUGUUAAGUUAAUGUUAAGUGAAGUUAAUUCCAUAUUGUGUCAUCCACCCAGACCAAGUUCCAUUAUAUUUGACCUAAAUGUAUCAAAGUCGCAGUUUUUAAGAAAGGAAGUAUCAUUCCGGAAAACGAAAGCUAUGGAUAUACCAUCAUUUAUUCGAGAUCUUUCUAAUUCUGUAUUGUGUCAAGACCCCCCCAACGGAAAUUGAUACCCUGGUCAGUUCUUACAACACCACACUAUCUGCCCUUUUGGACCGUUAUGCCCCAGUUAAGACCAACACAGUCACUGUUAGACCCAAGGUACUGUGGUACACUGAAGAAAUUCUUAAAGCUAAGAUAGAACGCAGACGUGCAGAACGAAAAUGGAGAUCUUCUGUGGCUGAUUCUGAUGUCAGGCUGUUUAAGAAACGAAGAAAUCGUGUCACAUAUUUGCUGAAAAUGGCCAAGUCAUUUUUUCUCACUGCCUUUAUUGACAAAAAUAGUGACGACCAGGGCAAGCUUUUCAAAGCUCUUAAAAACCUAUUAGUUGAGAAAGAGAAGUUAUCGUUUUGUGGUUAA